AUGAUCUACAAUGGUGAGGUUUUAUGUAAUUUUUUACUGGGUUUGCAUGCAUACAGAGGUACCCCCGAUUACGCUGCUAGUGAUUCCCUUGAAAAGGAGUUUACUGGAGUUAUGAAAGAGGUUUCCGAGUUUGGACCGGUCUCGUCCUCCUCUGUUCGGCGAAUGACGCGAAGAGCAUGGCGACGGUUGGAGCGAGGGAAACCUUCUGUCCUUGGUGAGUGCUAA